AUGGAGGAGGCCGAGGUGCUGCCGUGGGCCUGGCUUGUGUACGGCAUGUGCGCAAAAUACCGUGAGCGGCUGCAGAUUUCUUUUGACUUAGCAGAAUAUACUGCCGAUGUUGAUGGGGUUGGCACUUUACGGCUCCUGGAUGCUAUUAAGACCUGUGGCCUUAUCAACUCAGUGAAAUUCUACCAAGCCUCUACCAGUGAACUUUUUGGGAAAGUGCAAGAAAUCCCACAGAAAGAGACCACCCCUUUUUACCCAAGAUCGCCUUAUGGAGCAGCAAAACUGUAUGCCUACUGGAUUGUGGUGAACUUCAGAGAGGCCUACAAUCUUUUUGCUGUGAACGGCAUUCUCUUCAAUCAUGAAAGUCCCAGGAGAGGAGCUAAUUUUGUUACUCGCAAAAUUAGCCGGUCAGUAGCUAAGAUUCACCUCGGACAGCUGGAGUGCUUCAGCCUGGGCAAUCUGGAUGCUAAGAGAGACUGGGGCCAUGCCAAGGACUACGUAGAGGCUAUGUGGCUGAUGUUGCAAACAGAUGAGCCAGAAGACUUUGUCAUAGCCACCGGGGAGGUCCAUAGCGUCCGUGAAUUUGUGGAGAAGUCAUUUAAGCACAUUGGCAAAACCAUUGUGUGGGAAGGGAAGAAUGAGAAUGAAGUAGGACGGUGCAAGGAGACCGGCAAGAUUCAUGUGACAGUCAAUCACAAGUACUACAGGCCAACUGAAGUGGAUUUUCUUCAAGGUGACUGCACCAAGGCGAGGCAAAAGCUGAACUGGAAGCCCAGGGUCACGUUUGAUGUGACGGAGUGUGGACGCCGACGUGGAGCUCAUGAGGAACAACCCGAACGCCUGAGCCCAGCGACCCGACCAGGCCCGGAGCCCCGCGGCGGGAUCGGGCCCACUGCCCUCCCCGCAUUCAAAAGUGCCCGGGUUAUCCAGAGGUCGCCAUGGCCAUACAUUUCCCUUUGGUUUCGGCUCUUCCACCCACCACUUGCUCCCAUCGCGGAGUUUUACGCCUCGCGAAGGCGCAUGGCGGCCCUCGCAGCGGGGGCCGUGGCCGCGGUGGCCGAGGUGCGGCACAAGAAAUGCCCCCAGCCCGCCUGGGGAUCGCACGGCUGCGCCUCCUCGGCCCAGGCCAUUGGCUCCCGCUCGCCAUCACCCCCCAUCCUGCGCGCGUUCCCCUUCGGGGCGCGCUGCCCUCUCGCACCAAACUGCUCCCGCAAAGCGGCAGCAAAACCUGCCCCGAGCGGGUCCAGCCGCCCGUCGGGGGCGAGACGAAGGCAGGAGAAGGACGACGCGCCCCCGGGGCCACCAGUAGCCCCACGGAAAGAGCAAAAAAGGGAGCGGGGGAAAAGGCCGCGGCGCCCCCGAGAGCGGGGCCAGGCGAGCACCGAAAUCGAGGAGUCGAGGGGGCUGCUCCCGUUUCGAAACCGGGAAAGUGACAGUGGGGAGUAUAAGGUCUGA